CGGCAGUAUAAAGGAAAAUCGUUGUUGUCAGCAUUUUUGUCACAAAACAAUUUCAGAAAAUUUACCACCAUGUCUUACAAUUUUGGAAAAUAUUAACGACAAAUUGAGAAUCGUAGUUCAGUAUACACAAACAGUCAAGACAGCAGUUCUUCACUCACGUUUAACUCACGCACGAAGGCCGUCAUGGCGGAUACAACACAAGCUGACUCUCACAUCAAAGACAAGGUGACGUCAGUUCGAGAAGUCGUCAGCGGAAAAAGCAACAACGAAAUCAUUUUAGUUCUCCAGUAUUAUGAUUACAACGUCGAGAAAACUAUACAGGCAUUUGUUGACGAUGGAGCCAAAGAAGCCCUCACUGAAUGGCAGUUUUCUGGAAAUAAGCCUGUGAAAAAAAAGAAGAACAAGAAAAAGACCAACCCUGCAGCCCAGACUGAUACCAACACUAAUGCAGCCCCGGGGUCGGGGAAGCUCCCAUCCCCUGGGGUUGAGAAUGGCAUCAGCACUAGUUACACGGGAUUGGUGAACGGAGUUCUAGCCUCACCCAUGCUCAACGGAGGAUUGGUUAAUGGCAUUGAACCAUCUGUGAUCUCUAAUGGACCAACACAUCUGACAUAUCAGUCAACCCCCAGUGACAAUUUGUAUAAUGGCUCAACCCCCAUCACCACCCCUACCACUGUUAGUUUAGCUUCACCAGCGAAGAUUGAACCUGCUGAUGAGAUACCACUCCCAGGCCAAGUUGAAGAGAAGCCAGCUGUAGACAAUGACCAAUCAGCUGCGCCGAUGCCUCAAAGGCAGAAACACAGACAUCACUCAGGUCAUGGUCAAGGACAUGGCCACAAUCAUGACAGACACGGACAUCACGAAGGCAGAGAGAGGACCAUUAGUACUACCAGCAAUGCCUCCACAGAUGGUGCAGGGAAGAAACACCAUGCACAUAUGGGCCUAGAGAAAUCGGGAAAAGACCUUCAGCGACAAACCAUCUCUCUGGAACGACUUAGACUGUUGUUUAAUGAAGAAGUGGACAGAUCGUACAAGAGAAUCAAGACCGUGUUUGAUGAAAUCAGGCUCUGUCUGGCACAGAGGGAGGACCAGAUGAUGUCCGAGAUGAACACUGUCCGUGACACAGGCAGAGACACGUUCAUUCUGCGACAGGGUAUGGCCGCAGAUUUGAAGGUGAAGAUUGACAGGGCCGAGAGAAUGAAUGAAGCAGAGUUAACUGAUCUUCGGGCGGAAAUUAAGCAUUUCGUGAGUGAACGUAAGACUGACGAGGACAUCGCCAGGACGACUAGGUUUAUGUAUGAUGACGACAAUCUAAAAAUGCACAUCCGUGAAUUUGGGGAAGUAAUUCCUGUCAAGUGUACAUACCAGUGGAAGGCAGAGCCAGCAUUUGUAAAGGACUGGAGUGAAAGUCAGCAUCGUUUAGUCACCCCCCCUGCUCCAGUUAAAAUACAACAGACCAAAACUAGUGUUGAGAAUUCCCACACUAAUAAGUCCAGCCUACCACACCUAGAUGCAAGCCAAGCUCAUGAGGUUGCCGAACUUCAAAAAAGGCUGAAACAAAACCUUAACCUCACUGGUAUUCCGGUGGAGACUUACCAAGAGAGAGCACAGUCUGCCCCAGCCCCUCCCUCCAACGUGGACCCCGCCCCAAGACCUGAUGGUAGCAGAAGAAAUCGGAAUCGACGGAGAAAUGAUCGACCUCGUAGUGAACGUCCGCAAACCGAUCGACCACGGGAGGACAAUCGGGCAGGAUUUACUCAAACCCCAAAUGGAGAGAGAGUGAUUCUUAUUGGUCGAAAAACCACCCAGGGUGGUGGCUCCAGACCCCCAAGGGGGCGAGGUCGAGGAGGCGGCGGAGCAGGUGGUGGUGGUAACCGUGGUGAGAGAGGUGGUAGGGGCGGAAACCCAGAUUCCCCAUCAAAGGGAGGCAAUCCAGAAAUCGGAGAAAAUCGGACCACUAUAAAUAGCAAUAACAAUAGCACUUCUGUUAAGGACAAUAAUUCAAAUGUUUCAAGGUCAGGAGGAGGUGGAGGAGGACCGAGGUCGCCUCAAGGUCAAGGGGGAAAUCGUAGAGCGGGCUCAAGUGGAGGAAGCCCUAGAAAGCCUGGCCCUGGAGGCCAGGGGAGGGAAGGGUCAGGAAGCCCCAGACGAGGUGGGGGUCGAGGGGGUGGUGGACCAAGGGGUGGUAACCGGGGCUCUGGUAGUCAAGGUAACAACCCCUCGGCAACUACUCCAGCUGAAAAGAAAGAAGGGUAACUCUGGAGUUUUACAUUUAACGUCUAGUCAACGAAAAUCUUUAUUUUUCUGUAUUUGAAAUUUAUAAAUAUAUAAUUAUAUAAAAAAGGCCUUUCAAAUAUAUAUUAUCUCUGGAAAUGUUUUUUGUUAUAAAGAGUGUGCAACUAUAUUUUUUGGCUGGAAUUUGUACAAUAUAAAUGUGAUGACAAAGAUUUCUAUAUAUUUGAAUGAUAUGCAAUUUGUUGUUCAACUCUUGGAUUAUAACAUUAUAAUUGUAGAAUAUACUUCAUGUAAGUAGAUUGUAGUAAAAAUCUAUUGUAUGUGCUAAAUAUGUAAUGUGAUUCUGGAAUGACCUACUCUAAUUAAGGAGUACUUGUACAAUUAUUUCUUGCAUGUUUUCAUAUUGUCUAUUUUGUAAAAUUAUGUUCAUAUAUUAUAUUUUCAAUGACGAAAUGUCUAUUUUUGAUAUGUACAGAAUGUUUACACACUUCACUUCAAUCUGUUUUCAUAAUGGUCCCUGCCCUUUGUUGAUUUAUUUUCCUUUUAAAUGCAAUGCAUUUGUGUUAAAUUUGGUGUAUGAUGUUCAAAUAAGUUUGUCAUUUCUCGAUUGGCCAUUUAUGUUAAGCUUUAUUGAAUGGCGACACCAAGACAUUUGGGUAUUAUUUCAAAGGUUAUUGCUUACUGGUUGAUGGGGGAAUUGAAUUGAACUUUUGUUAAUCAUCAUUUUGUCAUGAACAUUGGUAAAAAUGGAAUUUUGAAAAAAGGGAAAUACUAUGUUAAAAAUUGGUAAAUGCAUUUGUUGCUAUGUAAGUAAAUAUUGUUCGCAGAUCAUACGUGUAUAUAUAUUUUUUGUGUUAAAUUUACUGUCUCUGUUAAACACCGGUAUUGAACAUUUGUAAUUUGUCUACGAUAAAAAUGUGUAUUAAUUACGCCUGCAUUUAAUUUACAUGAUCUAAAUGAUUGUACUGGUAUUGUACUUAUGUAAUUUUGUCUAUCAUGAUAGACAGGAUGUGCACUGAUUUAGCCUGCAUUUAAUGGAAAGGAUGCAAAUGAUUGUUGUGUAUACUGGUUGUAAACUUUAUUUCGUCAGCUAUCAAGCAUAAUGUUUCAUCGUAUAUAUGUUGUGUAAUCAUAACGGUUCAUGCAUAUAUGUGUUGUGUAAUCAUAAUGGUUCAUGCAUAUAUGUGUUGUCUAUUCAUAAUGGUUAAUGCAUAUAUGUGUUGUGUAAUCAUAAUGGUUCAUGCAUAUAUGUGUUGUGUAAUCGUAAUGGUUAAUGCAUAUGUGUUGUGUAAUGAUUAUGGUUCAUGCAUAUAUGUGUUGUGUAAUCAUAAUGCCAUGGUUCAUGCGUAUAUGUGUUGUGUAAUCAUAAUGCAAUGGUUCAUGCGUAUAUGUGUUGUGUAAUCAUAAUGCCAUGGUUCAUGCGUAUAUGUGUUGUGUAAUCAUAAUGCAAUGGUUCAUGCGUAUAUGUGUUGUGUAAUCAAAUUGCAAUGGUUCAUGCGUAUAUGUGUUGUGUAAUCAUAAUGCAAUGGUUCAUGCGUAUAUGUGUUGUGUAAUCAUAAUGCAAUGGUUCAUGCGUAUAUGUGUUGUGUAAUCAUAAUGCCAUGGUUCAUGCGUAUAUCUUUUGUGUAAUGCGUAUAUGUGGAGUGUAUUCAUAAUGGUUAUUGUGUGAAUCAGUUGUGUAAUUAUAAUUGUUAAUGCUUAUAUCUGUCGUGUUAUCAUAAUACUGAAGUUUUAUUUACGAGCGUGUUGUAUGAUAAAAUUUUAGAAUACCAGAAACAGAGCUGUUGAAAGAAAGGAAAUAUCCACUGGUAUUUUUUUACCAAAAUACACAAAAUUUUAAUUUGAUCUAGCUGGGUUUGUUAAAGUUUCUUCAGCCAAGUAAUAAAGUGAGAAUUCAGGCUUGUUCUAUCGAGUACUGUUCUAUAUAUGUUAAGAUUAAUUUUACAAGAAUAUUAAAUUAUUUUAAAGAUGCCUUAAUUGGAAUCAAAGUUUAUCUAUUGCUCUAGUAGUUAUUAAAUCAUUAUUUUGUAAAUUAUAUGUCCUAGGUAUGUCAUAUUGAGGUAUGAGGGUUAUACAUAAAUGUAUUAGUUUGGAAACGUUGAGUGCUCAAAUCACUGCAUGACUUCUUUAACUUUUGCAUGGGCUUGGUUAAUGUUUUGUUAAUUCUUUAAACUUUAAAACCACUUCUUUUAGGCUAUAAAUGUAUGUAUUAAAUUGAAAGCAUGAUUGUUUUCCAACUUAAUUUCAUGGUUUGCAAUACAUCCGUGUUAAGUGUAAACAUUUUUGCGGAUAAAGCAUUUUACGGCAUUUUACAUUUCUUAGCUUUAUCUGGAUAGUAUAUUACCUUAAUUGUGAUUUGAACAGUCUAGAAAUGGGAAGUCUUUGUAGCAGUUUUGGUGCAAAAUCCUGCUUUAAAAGGUAUUUGUAAAUGGUCUAUAGAAUUAACUGCAACAAUGAGUUGAAUAGAUUGGAAAGAUUUGAAUACAAAGAUUUGGACAUACAUGUAUUGUGCAGAUGUGUAUAGACACUUUGGCUCUAUUUUAGAUUGCUUGAUCUUAUGUCUUGUAUUUAGAUAAAUUCUGUGAUGAAAACCAUAUGCCAGUUGAAAAGAAUUAGAUUGUUGCUGUUAUUUGUUUAUUGUUUGUCAAAAUAUAUGUGCAAUCUAUAGUAUCUGUUUUCAAAACUGUUUAUUUUUAGCUGGUCUUAUUAACGAAAAAGUUGAAGUACAGUCAUAGCCUCGAAGGUGUUGCUGCUGUCACCAUUGGCGCUGUUGUGAAAAAAUUAAAACAUUGAUAUUAGUGUGCUGAGUUUGAUCCUGAUCUACUGGACUUCUGAGAAAUUGAGGCCUUCAGCCCGAUUGCCAUGUACUUUAGCAUAGUGAAUUGCUGCCAGUUUCACUCUUAACAUUGUCCGUAACUUGAAAACCGUUCAAGAAAUUCAUAUGAAACUAAGCAAACAUGUUGCUAGAGACAAUACACAUGUUAAUUCCAUACUUAACAAACUUAACCUUUGUUGUUAUGCCCUUUGUUCGACUGCAAUGAACAGGCGAGCAUAUUGGUGUUACACUAGUGAGCUCUUGUGUUAAUAUUUCUCCAAAUGCAGCCUGGUUCUAGUGUAAAUAUCCUAAAUUUUGUUCACUCAUGAAACUAUUGAUUCUCCCAUCAUUCAUUGGUGAAAGCAACACUGUUUUAUCUGCUUCUUUAGUAAAUUUCCUUUAGACCCUUUUUGCUUCAACUACAAGACAUGUACAUGUUAUUAUCUCAUUCUCCAUGUGAAACGUUGCACAUCGCAUCAUACUUGUGUUAAGAAUACAUUGAACUAAUUAUGUAACGUAGUCUUAGAAAAAAAAACACAAAAAAAAAUAUUGUAAAAAAUCUAUGAAAUGAUGUGUUCUUAAUUAUACCAUUUUUUUUUUUAAUCUGUACUUUAAUUUUGACAUUCAUUAAAGACUAAAAAUGGCAUUUGAUAGAGAUUUGACUGAUAGUGGAACUCAUUAAUUGUUGCCCUAGACGAUAAUGUGUCUGAAUUAUGAAUUAUAGAGCAAUUAAUUUUAGUAAUCAGAAAAAUGAAACUUAUUUUUGAGAAUAAUAAUUUGUCUGAAUUUACUAAUUAAAAUGUAAAGCUACUGCUUGUUGUAAGAAUUAAAUCAUAUGAAAUUAUCUGUUGAUAACAUUUUUAAAAGCAGUUUAUUGCUUACCUCAAAUGUAAGUUUGUAGAUUUAUGAGUGGUGAUGGUAUUUUGGAAUGUUCAGAAAUUAUUCAAAUGUUGAAAUGUUAAGGUUCCCUGUUUUAAGAUUUUAAGCCCGGCCCUAGGCUGAAGUAUAUCAAUAGAGAAAUCAAUUUUUUGGACUUUGAUUAGUAGUAAAUAGAUGCUGGGCAAAGGGAGAAGAAAUGCAUGUUGUUGGUUAUCUGCGGAUUGUUACCAAUGAUUUAUAUAUUAACGUCAUUAUUAUUAACAUCAUUAUUAUAUUUGAUAAAUGUUAGAUACUAGAUGGUGCCAAAGUGUUGUUUUGUUAACUUACCUAUUACAGUUACAAGCAUGAUAUCAUAUUGAUAAUGUUAGAAAAAUAUAGUUUUAUUAUUGUUGGAAAAUGUUGAUUUUGUUAGUUGGAAUGGUUUUUAAGUACCUUAAAGAAUUGUUAUUUCAUGAAUAUCAUUUUGAUAUACAUACAUUUUAAAACUACUUACAUAUUGUAGUAAAUAACUUGCAUUAUACAUAUACUAAUAAUUGAAUUGUACAAACUUUUUCACCAGAAUGCCUCUCUAUCAGUAAUUUCUAUGCACAAAUCAUUCUCUUCAAAUUCAAGGCUCUGUAUUCCAAGGAUAACUUACAUUAAAUGUGUACAAAGUUAGUUGGGGGCCCUUAUCGCAUCCUGCGAUAGAUCUAGCUAUGUAUAACUUUUACCAUACUGCCUCUCUUAUAGUGAUUUCUAUGCACAAAGGUAUCUUCAUGUUCACAUCUUUAUGUAUGUUUAUCAAACUUACAAUUCAAAUAAUCAGUUCCUUUAGAUUAACUUUUUUCUGGAAAUACAUAGUUAAGACUAAACUUUUACAAAUGCUGUAAAAGGUGGGAUGCUGUUUAUGGAAGAAGAUCUUAAUUUGUCAGUACCAUACUUUUAAGUUUGUUUCUAAUAAUAUGUAAGAAAUAUGAACUUAAAAUUAUGCUUUUCACACAAAAAACUUCACACAGUUAUUGUUUGGUAUUGAGAUUGCACAGUUUAAUAACUACUUCUUAACUCAAAAAGAGGUCCUACUUAACUUACAAUUCAAACUCCUACUUAACUUAAAUCAUUUUUAUUGAUAUGUUCAUUCAUUUUAAAUAUCCAUAUUUCAUGCUCAGGUGAGGGGAACCGAAUUUAUUUUUGCAAAUGAUUGUUGCGAGUAAGUUUGGGAAUAUUUGGCUGAGAAUAUUUUGAUUUGUUAGCUUUUAAUGGUGGCAAGACAAAAAAUCUGAUGUUGAAAUUAUGUGAAUGUUUAAAGAAUGAUUGCUCUAUUGUUAUAAAUAUCAUUAAAGAUUAUAAGAAGA